AUUAGAUCAAAUCAUACUAUUAUAGUAACCUUAUCCCUACAAUUAUGCUAACAUCUCUCUUGCUCUCUUCAUUCUUGGCUUCUUCACUUAAAGAGCUAGCUCAUUCUCGUGGUCUUCUUUAUCUCAGAUCUCUUCCCUUCUUUGGUUUUUAAAAUCCACUUAACAAAUUAGUUAGUGAUCAUCAUGGUUUCAAGUAAUACCGCUAGGACUGUUGUUGGAACAAUAGGAAACAUUAUCGGCUUCAUGCUCUUCCUAUCGCCGGUGCCAACAUUCAAAAAAAUAUGGGAGAAGAAAUCUGUGGAGCAAUACUCCGCAGCUCCGUACAUAGCCACCUUGGCGAACUGCUCCUUGUGGGUCGUAUAUGGCCUCCCGGCCAUUCACCCGAAUAGUACUUUAGUCAUGACCAUUAAUGGAACCGGGAUCGUGAUAGAGGUGAUCUAUCUCGCGCUUUUCAUUACCUUCUGCAAGUCCAACAAGACGAGGGCCAAGCUCGCGGCGAUUGUGGGCUUAGGGCUCGUAUUCGUGGUGGUGCUGGCUGUUUUGGUUCUCACUUUGGCUCAUACUCCAAAGCUCCGGUCUACAGUUGUAGGUUCGUUUGGCAUGGCGGGUAAUAUCAUGAUGUUCGCGGCUCCAUUAUCAGUCACGAAAACGGUGAUCACAACAAAAAGUGUGGAAUACAUGCCGUUUCUCUUGUCACUCGCAUCUUUCUUCAAUGCAGUUUCUUGGACUGCCUACGCCUUCAUCCAAUUCGACAUCUAUAUCUUUGUUCCGAAUUCAGCUGGAACUUUACUUGGACUUGCUCAGUUGUUACUAUAUGCAAUAUUCUAUAAAUCAACCCAACGUCAGCUUGCAGAAAGGAAAACCAAGGCAGCAGAAGUAAGUUUCGUGCAACAGAACAAAUUUGAAGAACCCAAAGUUGCAAGUCAUAUUGUUAUCAGUAGCACAAGUUCUCCUCCCCCACCUGACUCCCAAGAAGUUUGACAAACGACAAUUCGUGGCUCUUUUCUUUAUAUGAAAAUUAAGCUUAAUUUGUAAAGGGCCCAAAUUGUUGCUUUUAGCUACCUUAAUUAAUAGAAUCAAAUACAUUAAAUCUCGUUU